AUGUAAUAAAAAGCAAAAUAAUUCUUUGCUACCUACGGAAAAUUGGGAAUUGGUGUUUAUUUUUCAAUCUCUUUAGUAAAUUACGGGAUAGUUUACUUUGCACUGAAAUAGGGAGUUGAUAUGAAAUAAGUUGGAUCAAAGUAUCACUUUUCAUUUUACAUUAGGCUAGGAUUUGAUACUGCUCAAGGGAAGUGGGAAUAGAUAGAAACAUAUGGUACGCCUACAGCAGCGUACAUAAUUUAUAAACUUAUGGCUCCAAUCAAAUGGCCACUCGUAAUAGGAACCACAGCUUUGAUAUGUAAAAAAGGAAGAAAAUGAA